CGCGCAGCAGCAGCAGCGAUCAGCGAGCGCACGCAGCGCAGCAUUUCGCCAGGCACGCAGAGCGCGCUCCGCCGUCGAUGCAUUGUACAUCAUUGUGAACAGACUCGCUGCCACGCGCCGCGCCCCUGCCCACGUGAACUCAUUAGCAGCCGGACAAACAAGGAGGUUAUUAAUCACCGAGCGGCGGGAUAAGUGCGGACGGGCUAUGAUGAUGAUGGUGGUGGUGCCGGCUACGACGGCGGUAUUGCCCGGGACCGACACCCGACGACUCGGCCAGAGGACGAGGGGCAUCUGCGCUGUGAGUGUCUGAAAGUGACGAGCGGUCACAGCAGCGCAGCGCCCUGCCAGUGAAUCAAGGAGGAGGAGGAGGCGACGGUGGUGGCAGCACACAACCACGUGGCACCAUAGAAAGCGCUCUGCAACGGAGAUUGUCCCCCCCCCCCCCCCGGUCACCUCUAGCUUCCUCCACUACAAAAAGCCUCGCUCGUCGGGCGCCUAGCGGGUUUUUAUGGAUUAAAGGGGGGACCGCCGGAGCAGGACUGGGAGUCAGCGAACCACUGCAGAGGACAUUCCCCUUGAAUGAGAAGCUCCCUUGAGAAAACCCCACACGGUACUCAAGUCACAAGCGCUUGUACUUCUUCCAGAGCAAACAAAAAUCCAGAGAAAGAAGGUGAAAUGGUGGAAAGAAGACCCUUUUCCAUACGCUCCUCACUCUCAUGCCCCUGCCAGGUUUCCCUUCUCAUGGUGGCAAUGCUAACAGCAAUAUGGGGUACUGCAGAGUGCUGCCCCUCGCGCUGUGAGUGCUUGCCCUCUCCCAACUGGUCGGUUGUUUGUCAUCGCAAGCGACUUCUUACCAUCCCGGAUGGAAUACCCAUAGAUACAAGGGUAUUGGAUCUCAGCAAGAAUCGUCUGAAGUGCAUCAAUUAUGGAGAUUUUUCAGGCUACCCACAACUGCAGGAGUUAGAUCUCCAUGAGAAUGUAAUCUCUAAUAUUGAGCCAGGCGCGUUCAACAACCUGCACCAUCUGCACACUAUUCAUCUGCAAAGCAACCGCCUCAAGCUCAUCUCCAUGGGUGUGUUUUCUGGACUGCAAAACCUGACACAACUGGACAUUAGCGAGAACAAAAUAGUUAUUCUACUCGACUACAUGUUUCACAAUUUGCACAACCUGCGUUGGCUGAUGAUGGCUGAGAACGAUGUGGUCUACAUCUCACAACAUGCAUUUAGUGGGCUAUACAGUUUGGAACAACUGACAUUGGAGAAAUACAAUUUAACUGUGGUACCCAGAGAUUCUCUCAUGCAUUUGCAUCGGUUGAAAGUGCUGAGACUCAAAUACAUGAAUAUACAUUCCAUCCCACCUUAUUCCUUUAAACGUCUUGUACGGCUGAAGGUUUUAGAAAUCGACCACUGGCCCUACUUGAGCCGUCUGCCUCCCAAGAGCCUCUAUGGCCUAAACCUGACAUCACUCUCUGUCACCCACUGCAACCUGACUACAUUUCCGCAUGCUGCCAUGCACCAUCUUGUAUAUCUACGCUACCUGAACCUCUCUCAUAACCCUUUAGGUGUCAUUGAAGCACAUGCACUAUCUGACCUUGUGCGGCUCACUGAGCUGCAUGUCAGCAAUGCACAGCUGUUAGCCAUCGAGCCGCAGGCAUUCAGUGGGCUUCUGCACUUACGCGUCCUGAACACAUCUGGAAAUCUUCUCACGACACUGGAAGAGAACGUUUUUCAGGCUCUGGGAAACCUGGAUGUGCUCCGUCUGGAUGGAAACCCGUUGGCCUGUGACUGCCGCCUGUUGUGGAUCCUUCGCCGGCGACGUCGCCUCAAUUUUGACGGACAUCAGCCGAUCUGCGCUACCCCGGACUACGUGCAUGGGCAGGAGCUGAAGGAUUUUCCAGAAAUUUUGCUGCCAAAUCAUUUCACAUGCCAGCGAGCGCGCAUUCGUGAGAAGGAGCCCGAGCAUUACAUUGUCAUGGAAGGGCACUCAGUACGCUUCCCAUGUCAGGCAGAGGGUGACCCUACGCCACGCAUCCAUUGGGUUUCUCCACAGCGCAAAGUUUUGCUGAGCAGAAGUGUGGGUCGCUUGCUCGUCACAGCCGAUGGUUCUAUCGAGGUGCGCUAUGCACAGACACAGGAUGGAGGCACCUACACAUGUGUAGCUACAAAUGCGGGUGGCACUGAUAGCUACACUGUCACACUUUUUGUGCGCAAGAUUGAACACGAUGCCGGCCCACUUUCCAAUGGUAGCGACCCACAGCAAUUGAACUAUUCCAGCUACUCUCGCAAUGGCACAUUGUUCACCUACCAAAAGUUGGUAUUCGAUGUUAAAAUUGUGGUGAUGGCUAUAGUGAUGGGCUGCUGCUCCUUUCUGGGUGUGGUGCUGCUUUGCCUUUUCCUGCUCUGUAUCUGGAGCAAGGGCAAGGGUCGCUACCGGCACACAGCAAUCUACAUUGAUGUUGCACCCAGACACUCGAGUGCUGCAACUGUCAGCCAACCAAAGACUCCAACGAAGAUUAACAUGCGGAUGCUGUGAUCCUAUCGUUUUCGCCUAUUAAAAAUGACAGCUUGCAAGCCACUAAAUGUUUCAAAUUGAUACUGUUUCAAGAUUUAAAUGCAUUGAACUUCUUUGAUGAAGAGACUUUUUGGAUGCAAGCUUCCUCUUGGGGUUUCAUUAUUAACUCUAUUCAACUGCUGUAUAUGAGCCUCAUUGCUUACAGGUUUAACUAAAAUGGUACUCAAUAUGUGGAAUUUAUGAAUUUGUUUAAUAAACUUGUUAUCUUGAUGUUAUAAGUAGUUUAUAUAAUUUUAAGUGACUAAAAAGUUGUUACACAAAGGUACUAAUUUCAAUUUUACAUUGAAAAGUAUAUUGUUUCUCUUAAAAAUUAGAUAAACAAAUUAUAAAAGAAUAUAUAUCCUGAUGGUAUUAUUUUAAUAUUUCAACUAUUUACAUUAGGCUGUGUUGUGGAUUUUUGACAUCGUGUUACAUUCUCAUCAGCAUUACAAUUGCAAUUGUAUUCAUUUUUACAUUUUCUAACAAUUAAAAAUGACAUUAACAUUAUAAGAUUGUUUAUCGCACUGUAAAAGAUGAUAAUAAAAUAAAUAUAAACCAAAAUUAAUAGUUAUGUUGUUCUAACUGUCGUAACCAUUGUAAUCAUUGUGAAGAUGUUGAUUUAAAAAAAUCAUGUUACACAGAACAUUCCACCAGAGUGUACACUGGAACUAAUCACCCAAAUACCCAUUCUGUUCUGUAAUGGUAAAAAAAAAUCCUAAAAACA